AUCGAGCUGAGCUGACUUUCAAACGGACGGUGUCCCAACAAAAAAGAACAGCACAAAAAGCGAACAAAAUAAACAAGUUCCCAGGGUAUUCCGAAUACUCAGUACUCAGUUCACAGUUCUUAGUUCUCAGCAAGUAAUUGGCAGCCAUGUCGUGCAAAUAUUCUUCUCCAGCCCUGCUGCUUCUCUUGGGUAGCAGCCUUUGUCUGCUGAGUGGAUCCGUCAACUCCACCGACGUUUAUACCAGGGUUAACAACGUUGUCUUUGGCAAUCGCGAAUGGGAGCACAGCGAACCAACCAGUUUUCAGAGCAGAUCCGGACUAGGUUCUCCAGUCUCCGCUUCGGCACCGGCAGUUUCUGGCCGUACGGACUUGCAGCGUCCACAGCCGGAGCCGGAACAGUCCUGGAAUGGUAAACGUAAUCCAGUACGUCCAGCAGCUUCCGCAUACGCCCCCGCACCCGCCCCCUUACCCGCCCAAGACCACGCUUCUGCUGCUGCGCCUAUUGUAAUCACCGGACAGAACCCGGAUAACCGGAGAGUGAAACCAACUGUCAGCACUGCGGGACCCACACGUGCUCCGGCACAAUUGAACUACCGGGAGCGCUUCAGCUCGGUGCUCUUCCAGCCCAUCAUUCGUGGUAGCUCGCAAAAGAAUGUGGUCUACUCGCCCUCCUCAAUCCACGCCAUGUUAGGCUUGCUCUAUGGCGUGUCCAGUGGACAAACUAACCAUGAGCUAAUGAGAGCGGGCCAAUUUGUCCAGAGCCAAAUCGAUGUGGCCAGAGACUUUAAGCGGGUAAACGAACUGAAUCGACAAUUGGACAAUGCACUCUUGAUUGUGGCCAACAAGUUGUUCUACAACCGUGAAUUGGCGGAGCUUAAUCCCGACUAUAGGCGCUUUGCAAAGGAAUACUAUGGCGCAGACAUUGAGGCUGUCAAUAUGAAAAGAUCGGCCAAUACGGCGGCCAGGAUCAAUGCCUGGGCAUCGGAUGCCACGAAUAACAUCAUACGGGAGCUGGUGAGUCCCGCCGACAUCGAUGUACAGACCCAAGCGAUGCUGGUCAAUGCGAUCUACUUCAAAGCUCGCUGGGCCACAGAAUUCUCAGCCAUGGACACCACUCCGGCAAAGUUCCAGGUGAACCGUAAUGCAGCUGUCACGGUGUCCAUGAUGUACAACGACGAUAUAUUCGCCUAUGCCGAGCUGCCGGAGUUGGAUGCCACGGCAGUGGAGCUACCGUAUGCUGGCACCACGGCAACCAUGCUGUUGAUACUGCCCAACCAGGUGGAUGGUCUGGCCCGGCUGGAAAGUCAGUUGGCCAAUCCCAUGAAUGAUCUAAACGUAAUUGCAUCCCGUCUGCGCCGUGAGACAGUCACCGUACGUCUGCCCAAGUUCCGCAUUGAGUUCGAGCAGGACAUGGUGAGUCCACUGCAGCAGAUUGGGGUGAAUCGUAUGUUCACCAGAGAGUCAGAGAUUGAUUCCAUGCUCCUGCGUCCGGUGACUGUGUCCAAGAUCUUGCAGAAGGCCUUCAUCGAUGUCAAUGAGGCUGGCUCCGAAGCAGCCGCCGCGUCCUAUGCCAAGUUUGUGCCUCUGUCGCUGCCGUUGAAGUCACGCGAAUUCAUUGCCGAUCAUCCCUUCAUCUUUGCCAUACGCACCCCCGAGUCGGUACUCUUCAUCGGACAUGUGGUGCUGCCCACCCAGCUGCCUGGGACCCAAUAAUGGCCUCUUCCCUAGCUCUUAAGUUGUACGCAUUUUAAUACUCUAUACUACAUACUCGUAAUCGUAAAUACUUCAUUAUAAUCCAUCUGAAAUUUCUCAACAAAGAUUUGAAAAAAAAAAAAAAAAAAAAAAAA